UUUGUAUGCUUAUGUGUUUUCGUGUCGCAGUUUGAAUGCGAAGAAGAAAAGAAGAUCUGUGAGUUUUCAGAAAACCUUGAGGUCUGAUCCGGAUCAACCUGUUUCCAACAGAAGGAUGGACUGUCGAGCUGACAGCGAUCUGUUCCUUCUGACUGACGAGAAGUUUGACUUCGAUGUGUCUCUGUCACCUGCCAGCUCCAAAGGUGAUGAAGAUGAAGAUGAGGUGUUUGUGGGCCCAGUCAGCCAUAAAGAGAGGUGCAUCUCUGUUAACGUGGUGUCUCGGCUUGAAGGCGGCGGUAGGGGCAUGCGGGUGAGCUGGAGUCCACUGAGCGGCGAUCAGCUGGAGGCUGUGUGUCAGGAAGCCCACAAACUAGCUGACCAGCUGCAGUGUGGUGAACUGAGCCAGUUACACAGCGAGGACGUCAAGACCAACAGUACGACCACCGACACCGCAGCUGACAGAGAUGAGUUCGUCCAGGAUGCCGAGGCCAAGCUGGGUGUGCUCGAUCAGACCGCCAGUGCACUCAGCCCAAUCAAACGGCAGACCUUCUGUGUGCAGGACAGUCCCAUGAAGCAGCUUCCACCUGCUGUCCAGCGCCAAAUGCAGAGAGGAAGUAGCUCUAACUUAGUCCAGUCCACUCGCCCCGGCAACUCAGCUCUAUCCACUUGGCGUGCCAGCACAGCUUCGUCCACCCGCCCCACUGCCACCUCUAGACUCAGCACCUCUAGACUCAGCACCUCCAGCCCUGCGGCUGGGAUCAAACCUCAGCCCAGGACAGGGCUGCGAGGGAAAGCCACGCUGGGGGUUGGUGUCGUGCUGCCAAGCAAACCGGCUGCCCCAACAACGUCCUGUUCAGCCAGUAAGAGCAGAGUGGAGAAAACCAGACUGCAACCACCGAGCAAAGCAGUGGGGAGUUGGAGGCGUAGUCCGUGCUCUCGCUCCUCCAGCAGGGCGGGGUCAUGUGAGGAUCUGCUCUCUGAUUCAGCGAGCGUGGCGUCUGACAUCAGCGACUCCUCCCUUAACUCCAGUCUGCUGGGAAAGCGUGCGCUGGCUCCGCCCACCAAGAGUGCUGUGAGGAACCUGUCAGGUGUGAAAGCCCCGCCUCCCCAGAGGAGGAAGGUGACAGAGAGGAAGAACACGUCCUCAUCCUCGUCAUCAGUGUCCAGCUUCAACUCCAGCAUGUCUCUGUCCCCAGCUAAAGGUAAGCUUAACUCCUCUCUGAACCGGAGUUUGAGUGCCUCCACUGGCCCCGCCCCCAGCAGUAUCAGCAGACCGGCUAAUCACAGCAGACUGCGCCGCUCCACUGUCUACGCCACCGCAGAGCCAGCGUCAACCACCACUGGCCGCCGCUCGCUUUCCACACAGGCCAGGAAGCUGUCAGAGGUGGAGCGUGUCAAAGCCAACAGGUCCACGCCACUAAAAAAAGCCGAGGCCACGCCCCUCAAGCUGACCCCCACCAAGACAGUUUUGGAGAGGGCCGCUUCAAACCCCACCUCGGCCUCAGCCCGGACACAGAGCGGAUUCAAGACCAAAUCCAAACCAGAGGCACUGGUCCUACCAACACCCAGCGGAGGAGUCAGAGGAGUCCGCCAAGGAGAUGCUCCAGACGUCUCAAAGAUGCUGAAGCCCAAGAGGCUGAUGUCAGUGAGCAGUGUGGAGAGUCUUCCUCAGAAGCUCUCUGCUGGUCCUCUGACGCCCUCUGCUGGCAACUGUGGGCUGCUGCAGGGGAAGGCACGGCGUCCCUCCGCCCUUCCUACCCCAGUCAAGCGCAGGACAUCUGCCAUCCCCCUCGCCACGCCUACAAACCAGAUAAGGCCCACCAGACCGCCACCAACCUCUGAGCUUGAGCCUGAGCUUGAACCUGAGCCUGAGCCUGAGCCUGAGCCUGAGCCUGAGCUUGCCUCAGCCAAGACAGAGAGAAGCUGCAGCCCCGCCCACACAGAUACACAGGAGGUGGAGUCCGUUCAUGCCCCUGACAUCCAGCCCUUCUGUCUGGAGGAGGAGGAAGAGGAGGAGCAUGCUGCCCUGCCCUCCAGCCCCCCAAAACCUGACCAAUCAGAGAGCCCGGAUUCUGCGGCACAGAGUCAGGGUGAAACAGAGCCCAGUACGAACCUGAUCGAACUGGAAACAACAGAGCAAAGCAAGACACAGGAGGUUCUCCUGUUGGAUCUUCCCGCUCCGUCUCUGCAGCCUCAAGAGAAACUGCUCAUCGACUUGACCAACACUCCCGACCUGAUCCGGACCAGCAGCAAGACCUGCACCACAACUCAGCAGCUGAUCGACCUGAGCUCUCCGCUCAUCAAGUGGAGUCCAGAAGACAAGAGAGAGAACAACGCUCCACUCAUCAACCUGUCCUUCUGAUCCAGAUCCUCCUCAAGACCUGGAUCUGAGGGUCUCUGCAGUAAACUGGUCUCAGCAGGUUUCUGUCUUCAGAGAAUCUAAUAAUUAUAAUCCAGUUAACGACAGAGUUUUAAUCAGUGAAAAGUGUGUGUGAGUGUUUAUGUUUUAAAUGAUGAAAAUAUUCAAAGGUUGCUGAAGGUUUUCUGCACCUGAUUGUACUUUUAUUUGUGUCCGUCUUGCUGCUCUUAUUGAUGUCUGAAUAAAUGUUGAUUAUGUCAAUACUGUAAA